AUGCCCCAACCUCAGAUACAGAAACAACAACAGCAAUCAGCAAAUGACCAUACGAAGAGAAAGAGGAAGCUAAAGGACGCUACUUUAACUGAGAAAGAGCUACAGAAACAUAAAAAUGAAAUUCAACAACAGCAACAAGAACAAGUACAACAACAAAGCAGUAGCGGCAAAAGCGGCAAAGUACCAAGACUUCGCCUCGAUCUCAACUUGGAAGCUCAACGUGUUUUCUUUCAGUUGUGA